ACAUAUUUGAUGAAUGCAGUUCACAAACAUUUAUUCCGUGUGAUCACCACCACGAUGGCCGGACAGGACGCAGAGAUCAACAAAAUCACCAGAAAUCUAGUUCACUUACAGUUUUCUGACCUGGGAAUUCGCAAGAUUUUCAGUCAAAACAUCCCUGCUGCCAAGAAAGAGCUGAACUUGCUAAACCGGUACAGCACUCCAGUGGGAAGAUUAUUUUGUUUAAAGAGAGUAGUUGCAACAUUAACCAAGCCACCAAAAUCUUUGAUCAAGGAGAAUUCUAAAGAAACUGUGACCAUGAUGACAACUGAUGACCUUCUGCCAAUUUUGAUUUUUCUUAUCAUCAAGUCUGAGAUCCCUAACUGGAUGGCUAACCUUGUCUUCAUGCGCCACUUCCACUUUGCAAAGUCUUCUGAUGAUGAUGAAUUUGGAUUUUACCUGGCAUCGGUUGAGGCUGCCCUGGAACACAUCAAAAGUGGGAACAUUGGGGAGGAUAUCAAACCCUUAAAGAGGGAGCAUUGGAACAGUUUUCUUGUAGUUGAUUCUACGGAUGGUCCGCCAUCGCCAUCAUCAUCUCAGUCUCCAUCCAGGCAGCUGUCACAUUCAUCAAUAGAUGAUUUCUUUAAGUAUGUGCAGGAAGGGAACGAGAUGAAGGUACAACAGAUGUUGGAGCGCCCAUACAAAACGAGUGAAGAAGUGCAUCUGAAGUUGUGUCAUCCACUAUGUUCUUGUGAUAAAUGUGAUAAACUUCUGUCGGAUUUUCGCAGUAAUUCCGAUCUGGUCACUGCAUAUACAAGAGACAACCGUGGAUACACAGCCUUGCACAUCGCAGCUUACUAUGGCCAGGCACUGCUGAUAGAUCUGCUGAUACAAAACAAUGCUGUUGUGGAGACCACAGACUACCUGGGACUGACACCGCUACACCUGGCAUGUCAGCGAGGCUUCCAGAAUGUCAUGUUGCUACUUCUCCAUUUUGGUGCUGAUGUAAUGGCUACAGACAAUGAAGGAAACACUCCCCUACACUUGUGUUGUGCUAAUGGACAUGAUGAUUGUGUGAAGGCCUUGGUGUUUUAUGAAGCCAGCAUGAAACGGCUGCAGAUUAACGUGGCUAAUGAAUUUGGGGACACAGCUUUACAUUUGGCGGCAAAAUGGGGAUAUGAAACCAUUGUGAAAACUUUACUGGAAAAUGGGGCAGAUGCUACAGUUUGCAACAGGAAGAAGCAGACGCCAGUAUCUCUGGCACAGAAUGUCAAAGUUCAACGCUGUUUGCAGUUAGCAGCUGAGGAUCCAGAUUUUUUGUUAACAAAAUCUCAGUUUUUGACUUCAGCUAGCAACUCAAGAUCAAGGGCAUCAUCAACUGCCUCAGUGAGCAAUCACAGCUCUGCUUACACAGGUCAUCGUAGUGGAAGGUUAGAUUUAUAUGAACCAGAAUCGGCCUCCAGUCAUGUUGUCACUGCAUCACUGGAGGUUGUCAGUGAAAGUGAGAUGAAGAGGAAGAGGGAGAAACUGUUUAAAGCUGUCAUAGAAGGAGAUAUUCAGUUGGUUAAGUUUUACUUGGGAAUUCAGCUGGAAGUUGAUGAUGGAAAAGAUGACGACAUAGACACACCACCAUCCUCCGUGGCACUGGGUGACAUGUGUCAUCCUCUAUGCCAGUGUCAGAAAUGUUUAUACAUUCAGAGGGCCUCCAGGAAGUGGGGAGAUAUCAUGAGCGUCAACUCUAAGACAUCCACCGGGUACUGCCCCAUCCACAUGGCAGUGCUUCACCACCACAAGGAUGUUGUGGCACUCCUCAUUGCCCAUGGUGCAGACGUCAGUGCCCAGAACCACAAAAGUCUAACUCCACUUCAUUUAGCAGUUUGCACACGCAACACUUUGGUAACUGAUAUGCUGGUGAAGGCAGGAGCUAGACUGAAUAUGUGUGAUGUUAACGGGGACACUCCGUUGUUGAUAUCUGCUGGUAACGGGUUCAUUGAUGGCGUCCAAAUAUUGAUCAAGGCGAAUGCAGAUCUGAAUGCGGCCAACCACAAAGGAAACACAGCUCUGCAUGAGGCUGUGAAAAGAAACUACACUGCUAUCGUCAGUAUUUUACUGCAUGCUGGUGCUGACCCUCGGAUAAAAAACAAACAUGGACACCUCCCACAGGAUGAAUCCAAUGAUGCAUCAUUACAAGGUGUGCUAGUGGCGGCCGCCCGCAGACUGGAAGAAGCUGAAAAGUUGGCUCAGAACAACAACAAUACAUCCCGUGGGAGGGGCACAGAUGGACAGGUGAGUAUCAAAGAGCUGUUUGCUGCAUUUGAGGACAAAGAUCUUCAGAAGCUGCAGAAUCUGGCAUUAGCCAUCCGCUCCUUCAAUCAAGAGGUUCACCUGAGGAGAACCACAACCAAAGACACAAGUUCUGCAUUCCUGGGUGUCCUAACACAACAGUAUUUAAUACACAAGUUUGACAGAGAAAGUCUUCGUAAAACCAAAUCUCUUUGUAAAAGUGAACCUCCUUCUCUACAUGCAGUCUUGAAAUCGAGAAGUUUUGAUACACGUACAGAUAGACCAUCUUCUGAUACAUUUUCUACAGACAGAUCAUCUAUGGAGAGAAUUUAUACAGAUACUUUGACUUCAGAUAUCCUUUCUACAGAUAGCAUAUCACAAGAUUUUGAUACCAGUCUUCAAGAUCUAUUGUCUCCAAUGGGAGAUAAGUCUUUUGACACAGGGUCAAGUUUUGAUGACUCCUUAAAUCCCCUUCCAGAAUCAUCAUCACUAGAUAGAAUUGGCUCUAACAGCAGCAGCGAGCCAGCAGAAGAUGAUAUGUCUUCAACAAUUGAAGCUUCCAACAAUGCAGGUAUUCCAGUCACAGGUUUUCCAAUCACAGGUGUCUUAACAAAUUAUACAAAUGCCAGAAGCAGUACUUUGUUAACUUCUGAAGCUCAGCAGAAAGAUAAUAAGUGUUACAUCAGCCAGUCUUUGGAAUCACCGUCUGCUGUGGAAGAGAGUUUUGUGGCAGAGGUGAAGCACACAAUCUGUGAUGUGUCUUCUUCUUCUUGUCCAUCUGCCAAUACCCAGAGUGAUGAUGUCAACAGUUUGCUGGUUCUUGGGUGCGGCAGUGAAGUUAGCAAUUCAUUAACUGCUGAAAAUGUAACUGAAGUUAUAGAUACAGUAGAUGUUGGAGCCAGCAGUGUAAUUAUGCAUUCACCAGUUUUUGAACAUGCCAGAGAGGUCUACAGCUCAUUAAAACCCAGCAGUGAAGUUAACAAUUCAUUAACUGCUGAAAAUGGAACUGAAGUUAUAGAUACAGUAGAUGUCGGAGCAAGCAGUGUAAUUAUGCAUUCACCAGCUUUUAAAUAUGCCAGAGAGGUCUACAGCUCAUUAAAACCUAGCAGUGAAGAUAAACAUUCACUUCAUUUGGAAUGUGGCAGAGAAGAUAAAAAUUCACUUGAUUUGAGUUAUGACAAUGAAGAAAAAUAUUUUCCUAAUGUUGAGGAUAGUGGCAAAGAUAAGAAUUUCCAAAAUGUUGAGCAUAUCAGUGAAGAUAAGAAUUACCAUAAUGUUGAACGUAUCCUUGUAGAUAAAAAUGUACCUCAUUUGGAAUGUAACAGUGACAAAAAUGUUAAGCAUAGCAGUGAAGAUAAGAAUUCUUGUUAUUUAGAAUGUGGCAGUGAGGCUAGUAAUUUGCUAAAUGUUAAGCAUGACAAUAAAGUUCACUGUGAUAUUGAUGAUCAAUAUUCCCUUGUUGUUAAACAUGAAAGGGAAGAUACAAAUUCAUUGAAUUUUCAGCAUGAAACAAAUUGUGCAAAUUAUCUGCCUGAUAAAGUUGAGCAAACUGCCUCACACUGCUACAGUGAUAAGCAAAGUGAAGAACUGGUGAUAGAUACUUCAUUACAGAUUUCCCAAAGUGAAGAACUGGUGAAAAAUACUUCAUUACAGACUUCUCAAAGUGAAGAACUGGUUAUAGAUACUUCAUUACAGACUUCCCGAAGUGAAGAACUGGUGAAAGAUACUUCAUUACAGACUUCCCAAAGUGAAGAGCUGGUAACAGAUGAACAGAUAGAUACCAGAUUACAGAAUUCCAAAAGUGAAGAGCUGGUUAAAGAUUCUUCAUUAAAGACUUCCAAAAGUGAAGAGCUGGGAACAGAUGAACAGAUAGAUACCACAUUACAGCAUUCUAAAACUGAAGAGCUGGUGAAAGAUACUUUAUUACAGACUUCCCACAGUGAAGAGCUGGUGAAAGAUACUCCAUUACAGACUUCCCACAGUGAAGAGGUGGUGAAAGAUACUUCAUUACAGACUUCCCACAGUGAAGAGCUGGUGAAAGAUACUUUAUUACAGACUUUCCAAAGUGAAGAGCUGGUUAUAGAUACUUCAUCACAAACUUCCCAAAAUGAAGAAAUGGUUAAAGAUACUUUAUUACAGACUUCUCAGAUUGAAGAGCUGGUGAAAGAUACUUCAUUACAGACUUCCAAAAGCAAAGAACUGGUGAAAGAUACUUUUUUACAGACUUCCCAAAUUGAAGAGCUGGUGAAAGAUACUUCAUUACAGACUUCCAAAAGUGAAGAGCUGGUAACAAAUGAGCAGAUAGUCAGUACCUCAUAUUUUCACAACAGUGUAGAGGAUUCUGAAAGGGCAAAGUUUGUACAAGAUCAGCAGAUAAUUGGUACCUCAUUUUGCCACAGUGGUGUAGAGGAUUCGCAAGGGGAAGAGCUGGUACAAGAGGAACAGUUAAUCACUUCAUUGCACUGCAAUGGCAGUGUACAGGAUUCCCAUGUUGAAAAUCUGGUCAGUUCUUUAAAUCAGCCGUGUAACGACACUGGGUACUUUGAACAGCCGAAAAAUGUUUCUGAAAAUGCUGGUGGGAAUUAUCAUCGUGUUACAGCUGAGCAUUCUUCUGUUCGAAUCCAGGCUAAAGAACUGCUAACCUGUGAACAAGCUGAGACCAGGAAAUAG